CUUCCACAGAGCCACCGCCUGACGCCAACGCUGCCACAGCUGCCACCACCUGGGCUCCUAGCCACCUGCUGCCUGCUUCCAGAGAACCAUCAUGGGCUUCUGGAAGUUCUCUCCUUUCCUGGUUCUCAUCAUCCUGGCCCUGUACCAGGUGGGCGUCCUCCAGGCAGCACCAUUCAGGUCUGCCUCAGAGAACUCACCGGAACCCCCUAUACUCACUGAGAAUGAAGUAUGCCUCCUACUGACUGCAGUGCUGAAUGACUAUGUGCGCCUGAAGGUCCAUGAGCUGCAUCGGGAGCAGGAGACUGACAGCUCCAGCCUGGACAGCUUCCGAGCUAAGCGGUGCAGUAAUCUGAGUACCUGUGUGCUGGGCACAUACACGCAGGACCUCAACAAGUUUCACACGUUCCCUCAGACUGCAAUUGGGGUCGGAGCCCCUGGCAAGAAAAGGGUCAUGGCCAGCAGCUUGGAGAGAGACCACAGCCCUCACACUGGCAUGAUCCGGGAUGCCUACCAAUCCCCUCCCUCAACUUUCUAAUUUCCUUUCUUCCUUCCUUCCCAUAUCAUGAUACAUGUGGUCCUCUCUGGCUGCUGGUGUCAGUAGCUUUCUUUGUGGCAGUGGAUGUCUGGAACCUCAGAUGGGAGGAGAGCAAGAUGUUCAGGCCAGAAGAGAACCCCCCGGGAAGAGAUGGGGGGGCAGCCUUUGACUCCCCCGAGGAAUCGUAGCCCAGCUUCUCAGUCCUGCUUAUGAAUGUGAUUGUCACUGGGGAAUAAAAGUGCAUUUGUAAGAAGACCUGAGCAGUGGUGGUUAUUGCUCUGGGCCACAGCACAGGCUUCUCAGACUCAGAGACCUGUGCUUAGAAGGAGCCUUAGCCCCGUGGUAGCUGGAUCCAGGGCAUAGUGAGUAGUCCUGUGACCAACAUCCAGUAGCUGGACAGGAGUCGUGCAGAGCAGGUAAGCACCUCUGGGACCCAAUGUUAUACUUCCUCCUCCAGGUGAGUCUGGGGAAUUUUCCUGUUUCUAAGAAGGGAUAUUGGGUGCCAUUGAGUGGGCUGUGGCUUCUAGAUAGUUCUUGAG